AUGACAAACUUGAGCAUUCCACCGUCAAGCCAACUUGAAAGCGGCUCCUCGCGAUCGGCUGCUGGAGGCGAUGCCAUUGUACGUGUACAUACAGAAGACUCGUGUUUCGAAGAAGAAGAGGAGGACGAAGAAGAGGCGUCUUUAACGUCGCCCAGUGACACGGCUCAAAACGACAAACAAAGUACCCAGAAGUACACCAGGCGAAUCAAGGCAUCCAAGAUCCUCGUCUUUUUGAUUCUGGCAAUGGCUGUCAUUGUUGCCUCCAUUCUGGCUAGAACGUCCAGGCUGAAGGCUGCAAACGCUGAAACAAAGUUUGUGGACUUUGCGCAAGAUGUCAUCAUGUUGUCUACAAGCAGGAUCAAUACGACAGCAGCCGCUCUCAAGACUUUCAGCAACUCUGUCACGUCCUUGGCUAUCUACGGACAGGCACAAUGGCCAUUCGUGACCUUGCCUGACUUUGCCGUCCGCAGCAAAGACUUUACAGAAGCAACGCAGGCGGAUGCUAUUUCCUUGGCUCCUUUUGUAGCCAGUCAACACAAGCUACAAUGGGAGGCAUAUGCAAAGCAGGCAUUCCCCAAUCAACAACACAUAUGGAGAGAAUCGUACCGCGUGGGGAAACCACCACGAAAUGAUUUGACCGGUGGUCCCUUUCUCCCGGUGUGGCAAACACAAACAUCACAUUCUCAAACUCAGGUUGCUAACACCACCGCUCUAGUCAACUUCAACUUACUCAGCGACACUACAAUCCAAAAGGCCAUUGACGUCUCCCUGGAAACACAUAUGGCUGCUCUUUCUGGCCUCCUCGACUAUGACGCUGUCUUCGGGGGUACCGGUACCGGUACCGGUACCCAUGCUCAAAACGGGUCGGCACAUUCCAUGAUGUCCACCAGGAGCAUCCUUGCCUAUCCCAUCCAUCGCAACUUUGAAGCUAACUCUACUGUCGUGGCAUUCUUGAUGGCUGUGCUCCCGUGGGAAGUUUUACUUCGCCCAGAAGCACGCAAGCAUUAUCAUGCGACUGCCACAGCGGUGCUGAUGCACCAAUGCUCUGGCACGGAACCGCAAGCUGUCACAUUCGCUCUCAACGGCGAUCAGGUCAAGACAUUGGGACCUGGAGACUUGCACGAUGAGCGAUUCAGUCAUCACCAAGUUUCGUCAGUAAUCAGCCUCCCGGAAGCCAACUGUCGACAUUCUAUUCAUCUCUAUCCAUCCUCAUCCACAGACAUCAAGUCCGCCGACCAUUCGUUGACCUCCACUUCCGUGAUCCUACUCCUUCUCUUGCUUAUGGCCAUAGGUGCUUUCAUAACAUACGACGCAUUUGUGCAACGCCGAAACCGCCAAGUUGUACAGGUGGCGAGCCAAACAAGCAAGAUCAUCAGCAGUCUCUUUCCAAAGACUGUACACGAUCGAUUAUUCCAAGCUGACGAGUCCAACCUAUCGCAUUCCACUCGCCGCAGAAGAGGAAGAAGACGACAGAGCUUCCAAAACAAGUACCAACCCGCCAAGAAAAACUUGGCACACUUUUUGUCCGAUGAAUCCAAAACUUCUCAAACAUCAGGAGAAACCAACAUUGAAAAUGGAGAGCAGGCGAAAUCAAAGCCGAUCGCAGAUCUCUUCCCCGAAACUACGGUGAUGUUCUGUGACAUUGCAGGCUUCACGGCUUGGAGCAGCAGUCGCGAGGCAUGCGACGUGUUCGUCCUUCUCGAGACGGUGUACAAUGCUUUCGAUCAAAUCGCAAAGAGGAGAAAGGUAUUCAAAGUUGAGACAAUCGGCGAUUGCUACCUUGCGGUUGCUGGUCUUCCAACGCCACGCAAAGACCAUGCAGUCGUUAUGGUUCGGUUUGCUUCUGAUUGCCUCGUAGAGUUCAACUGCUUAUCGAAAGAUUUGGAGUUGAAACUGGGUCCAGGGACCAGCGACUUGGCAAUGAGAUUCGGAUUGCACAGUGGACCAACUACAGCCGGCGUUCUCAGGGGCGAGAAAACGCGCUUCCAGUUGUUCGGUGACACAGUGAACACCGCAAGUCGGAUGGAAAGUACAGGAGAAAGAGAAAAGAUUCAAGUUUCGACGACCACUGCAAACUUGCUUGCUGAGGCCAGAAAGUCCCAUUGGUGUGAACAAAGGAAGGACCCAGUGGUGGCAAAGGGGAAAGGGGAGAUGAUCACUUACUGGGUAAAUCCGAAAACAAGCUUGGCUGGCCACCAGCCAUCGUACUCUGAGUGUAGUGGAGAAGAAUCGAGGCAAGAAUCUCCUGAUACCGGCAACUCGACAGUUCCUAAGGGUGCAGAAAAAGCAUCUCUGGGCCCAAGUAGCCACGAAUCAGUGUGCGCUCCACCAGAAUUACCGGAAGACCACGUAGAUCCCAAGCUUCAGAGGUCCAUCACAUGGAUCAGUGGAGUCCUUCUCGGACUGUUGCGCCAGAUAGUUGCUCGCCGUUUGGCCAUGGGGAAAAAAUCCGUGGGACAGACCCAGGCUACACGACGAGCCAGAAUGGCUAUGCAACCCGAACCAGGACUACUCCCCCUGGACGAAUUGGAAGACAUCAUCAACGUUCCCAAGUUCAACCCCAAGGCGGCCAAGAAUGUUGUGGACCCAGAAAGCGUUGAACUCCCUUGCGAAGUCAUUGACCAAAUGCAUAGUUUUGUUACUGUUGUGGCGUUGAUGUACAGAUCCCAACCCUUCCACAAUUGGUUUCAUGCCGCCCACGUAACCCAAUCGGUUAGCAAGCUUCUGGCGCGCAUCGUCGCCCCUGACGACAUGGAAGCAGAAGAUCUUGACCGUCAUUCGAAGCGUCGUGCUUUCCACUCAAAACUGCAUGAUUGGUCUUUUGGACUUUCGAGCGAUCCUUUAAUACAAUUCACUAUUAUUUUCGCGGCAAUGAUUCACGAUGCUGACCAUCCUGGUGUCCCCAAUUCGGCUCUUGUCAAGUCCCGCUCUCCCAUGGCCGAGCACUUUCGUAACCAGAGCAUUGCAGAACAGAACUCAUUGGAGAUAACGUGGGACCUUCUCAUGGAUGAUGCUUAUGCGGAUCUUUGUGCAUGCAUUUUUACCAACGAAGGCGAGCUCCACAGAUUCCGAAGUCUUUUGGUGAAUGCUGUUCUGGCGACAGAUAUUCAGGACGCCGAACUGAACAGGCAACGAAAGGCUCGGUGGGACAAGGCUUUCCACUCGUCGUCUGUGUCAGCAGCCCCAACCCCUGGCGUGGCCGAGUUUGUGUCGGUGGCUGACGAUCAAAACAGAAAGGCAACGAUAGUUUUGGAGCACAUGAUUCAAGCUUCGGAUGUUGCCCAUACGAUGCAACACUGGCAAGUCUACUUGGAUUUCAACGAGAAAUUGUUUCACGAGAUGACCGAAGCGUACAAGAAUGGGCACUUGUCGCAAGACCCUGCCAAGGGAUGGUACAAAGGCGAACUGGGCUUCUUUGACCACUAUAUCAUCCCUUUGGCGAACAAACUAUCGGAUUGUGGUGUCUUUGGAGUUUCCAGUGCCGAGUUUCUUUGUUAUGCUUUGGACAAUCGAUCUGAAUGGGAGCGGCAGGGAAGAUCGAUUGUGGAUGGCUAUGUUCGCAAGUAUGGCAUGAGCGCGAGCCCUAAUAGCUCGUGUGGACUUGUCGAACACGGAGACGAUGGUAGUUGUUGGCGCGACGAGGUUGGUAAUGGCGUGGACGGACGUGUCUCGUCGUUGGCUUGGAGUGACGAGAAAAUGGGAGCUUGCCGAGAUUUGGAGCGAGGCCUUAUCGGUACCGAUACGAGCCAUAGCAUCAAGGAAUGCAGUACUCGCGCCGUGGAUCGCGGUUUUCAGUUUACGAAUGCCAUUGGCGACUAUGCAUAUGCACAUGCACAUGUGGAUGAGAGGAGCAGAACGAGCAACAACGGAAGCGUUCGCAGCAUCUUUGGUGAAAGCGAUCACAAUGAUGGUGGUGCCUGUUUCGGCUCAAGUUCCGCGCCAGGCAUCUCUACCGGUAGCAGGCAUGGCUAUGAGCGUGUGAGGGCGAGGACCAAUGAUCUGGAUGUGAACCUUCGAUCUUCUACAUGUACCGGUACUGGCGGCGGUAGCAUGGGAGCGUACACUCCGCCUCUCUCCUAUUCUUCCUAA